CCGACCUGCUCGAGAAUCGUGUCGAUUUCUCUGCGAUUGGUGUGUACAAGAAGGCAACAAGCAUCAUCGCUUGAGCACACGAUGGUGUUAACGGUAAAAGCCAAUUUCUUUUAUGAGCCUCCUUUAAGCAAAUUCGGAGGCCGAGAAUAUGAGGUUCCAUAUGUUUUAUAUGAGGUUCUAAUUGAAUGACCUAGUUUGCCAAAUUUAGGCUGAGAAGUGGCUCUAUAUAAUAUAGCGGGUCAUUGCGACGUGAUUACUUGUUAUUUUCAGUAAGAGAAAAUUAUUGACACUCUUCUUUGAUUUUUCAUUUUGUCUUAGUGCUUGCUGGUUAUGAAACGACAAGCACAGCACUUGCCAACAUUGCACGUGUUCUUGCAACACAUCCUGACGAACAAUUAAAACUUCAACAAAAUAUUGAUGCUCAUCUUUCUUACUCAUUUUGA